AUGGCUUUGAGGAGAGCUUUGGCGGGAUACGAUGGUUUGGGAGGAGGAUGCGAGACUGGAAACAAUGAGACGGUGGAUAGCGCGAAAGCGGAAAGUGUGGAAGAAGAUGGUGCGAAAGAGGAGUACUUAUACUGGGAGGAGCAGGUCAAAGAAGAAGUACCAAACGACGAACUAAGAGCAGUGAAGCAAGAGAUGGUGAACCUGCCGGAAGAAGAGGAGCCUGCUGAACAAGAGUGCGAUGUGGACGACACGCGCGUGAGGCACGUUCGAAGAUCACAGCGGCAGCCAAAGCUGGCUUGCUCGGUCCGAGACCAGAGAUGGUUUCUUGAUGUUGACUGA